AUGGAUUCAGUCUUUUCUGUUAUCGGAUCAUAUGUGGAUUGGGAUGUCAGAAGUCUGCUGCUCUUCUCAGCAGUUUUUAUCCUCACUGCAGAUUAUAUCAGGAACCGCCGACCGGCCAGCUACCCUCCAGGACCCUUGGCUCUUCCAAUUGUGGGCAACAUGUUUUCUGUGGACCACAAGAGGGCCCAUGAGAGUAUGACACAAGUAGGUCAACACACAUACAACCUGGAAAAAAAAACAUCAGGUCAACUGAUAGGACUCUUUUUCUAUUAUCUAUUAUGUUGGGCAGUUUUUUCUUCUUUCUUGAAUCAUUUCACAGUUAGCAAAGAAGUAUGGAGAUGUGUACAGCCUUCAAAUGGGCCAAGUGUGGCUGGUGGUCUUAAAUGGAUAUGAGGUUGUAAAAGAAGCUCUUAUAAAUCAGGGAGACAGUCUGGCAGACCGCCCAGAUCUCCCAAUACAACAGGACAUAAGCAAUGGACUAGGUGAGAGGACAUAAGCACACCUACACUCCCUCAGAGAAACACAGAGCUUUCAUGCACACAUACUUCAAAUCACUACAGUUUGGUCCCAUAUAUACUUGAUGAAACAAUAGGCCAACCCAAAGACAUAUUUGACUUUCUUGAUGUAUUUCUUUCCAGGUGUCAUCACCAUUAAUGGGCACAUGUGGAAGCAACAGAGGCGUUUUAUACUUUCAACCCUAAGAUACUUUGGUUUUGGCAAAAAGUCUCUUGAGCCAGUAAUCUUGGAUGAAUUCACACAUUGUGCUAAAGAGUUUCAAAGCUAUAAAGGUAAGUAGUAAAUGUGCUUUGACACAUCUAGAAAGAGAAUAAAAUUACAAAUUCAUUUAUCUUUCUAAUUUUUAUGUGCAGGUAAGCCUUUGAAUCCCCGACACAUUCUCAACAAUGCUGUCUCCAACAUCAUCUGCUCCCUGGUUUUCGGGCAUCGCUUUGAGUACAAUGAUAAAAAGUUCCUGCAAAUGAUAGGCUGGUUCGAGACAGCACUCCAGAUUGAAAGCUCAAUUUGGGCACAGGUACAGCAUUUUAAAGACACUGAAGUAAUUUUAGUUGUCUGUCUGUCUGUGCUUCUGAAGUGUAGUCAGUGUUAAGCUGUUCUAAAAGGAUGCAAGCCUCUCAAUGUGGAUAUAUCACUCUGUAAUUGGAAUUUAGCUUGAGAUCGAAAUGAGUAAAAUGAACAAGUUGUGAAACACUGACUGGUACACUCAAAGACUCAUUCACUGUUGUUUUCAACGUGUUCUCUGCAGUUUUAUAACUCAUUCCCUGUGCUGAUGAGACAUUUACCAGGACCACAUCAGGAAAUGGUGCGCAUUUGGGAUAAUGCCAAGAAAUUUGUAAGAGAAGAACUUGAGAGGCAUAAAAAAAACUGGGACCCCUCUGACCAGAGAGAUUAUAUCGACUGCUACCUGACCGAAAUACAGACGGUAAAUAUACUGCCAAAGUUUGAAAGUCUCUCCUUUGACAGACUCAGUACCACCACCUGCUGUUUGAUUUUUAUAAUGUGACAUUUGUGAACCAAACCAGCAGAGUCUUUUAAACCUUUUCAGUGGUACAAAUUCAGGUUAUCAUAGAUGUAUUUGUGCUGCUGUUUAAAUCAUUUUAAUACACAUGACUUAAUAAUUUCUCAGAGUAAAGAGCAGCCUGACAACACUUUUGAUGAGGAAAACCUGGUAAUAUGUGGCCUUGAACUGUUUGUGGCUGGCUCUGAAACCACAUCCACCACCCUACGCUGGGCCUUCCUCUACAUGGCAAAGUACCCUGAGAUCCAGGGUAAGUGAUGUGCAUAUUUAUGAGAAAAAUACAUACAUGGAGGUAAUUUUGUUGCUGACAACAUCAAAUCCCCCACAUCAGAUAAUUUUCUUUCUUUUUUUUCUCUUAUAAAGUAAAGCUAUUUAAUCACCCCUGUCACUCACAUCUACAACUCUGAAACAAAGUGAUACGUAAAACUAGGAAAAUUUCCUCUUGAAAUUUUUAAAAGGCCAUGGAGGUUACUGCCAGGGUGUGUUCAUUAUGAGGAGAUUCUUCAGAGAUUUCAAAUAAUUCAUACUACUAGCAUUGUAAUAUUAAGCAGCACACCUACAACAAACGUUCAUUUGCAAGUUUUUAUUUACAAAAUAAAAAAACUGAGCUGGAGCAGUCCUAUUGACUUCAAUGCAAAAUUUAUCUGCAGUUUUCCAUGACUUACACUGCAAAAAAUGUGUAUAUGUUAAAUAAAAAUAAUAGCACACUAAUCCUGAUCAAAUGGCACGUUCUUAUAUAUACUUUGUCUGACAACUCUUCAAGCUACAAUAGUGUCUUGAGGCAACCAAGACACUAUUGUAUAGGGGCCAGUACCUCAUCAUGUUAUUGUGUUAUCCAUUGUGUGAGUGAAUUGGUGUCAGCUGUAGGCCUGGCCGAGGCUCUCAGGUUGUCAUGGCAACAUGAGCCUCCACGAGAACAGCACCCUCUGGUGACAGGCUGCAGUAUAGGUCAUAAAUUCUGCCUCCUCCAGCAAUCCUGAUGGAGCUGUGGACAAACACCUCCCUGCUUGCAAUGUUGACAUGUAGUUAUUGUAAGACUGGUUUGUGCUCAAUUCCUCUUUUUUUUCUGUGCAGCUCCAUUUAAAAAAUGUUAUUAAGGGGUUCAUGUUUUCUAUAACUGACCCUUGAUACAGCCAAUGGGCGUAUGAGGAUUGUGUAAGUCACCCAUGGGAUACCCUGUAUGGGCAGCGCUCUGCUGAAUGUGUACAACACUUCUGUGCAACUGGUGGUUUCAGGAAGUGGAGAAAAUCUCCGGAAAUACUGAGAGCAAUUUGGCCUCCAGUUCAUAUAAUGACAAAAUGUGGAGCCAAGUUGUCUAUAGUAUAUAGAGUCUAUGGUUUGGACAUAUUUGCAAGUUAUAAACAGGAGUCCCUUCUACUUCUCUCAGAAAAUCUUUGAAUUAGAGUCAAUGAGGAGCAAAGAGAGACAUCGCCACACUUGGAGGCUCAGAGUUUAAAUUCUCUAAGUCUCUCUGCUGAAAUAAACACAUCGUUAGAAACUGAACAACUGUGUCUACAACUGUGGAAAAAAAUUUGCAUGUAGAGUGUAAUUUUUGGCCAGGAGGAGUGUGGAAAGAGAAAUGUUUCAUGCAACUUCUCUCAAUCUAGCCAAUGAUGUCACCCACUCUGGCAUGAACAUGCCACGCAAUACACACCCAUUAUAAUCUCAAAAUUUCUCCAAGAUUGAUCAUGGUCAUUAAAUAGUGAAUGUUAAAAAACUACAAUACCUAUCAACAUGUGGAUUAUUACACCAAUUGACAAGACUUGUGUCCACAUUUAAAAGUUUAAAUGGAGUCUCUAGAUGAAGGUAUGCUGAGCCGGUCGAUGUUUGAAAAACCCCAGUAGAAUCAAAAUUUGUGCAGGAGAGGAAUGAAAAAAAAUCCAAAGUAUACAAAUAGUGCGUUGGUGCGUUUGCCCUUAAUAGUAUUGUUCUAAUGAGCGGUUCAAUGUUUUAAUCAAAAUGUGCACUCGUGGGUCUGUUAUGAUGGUGCUACAUUGUGGAUCUUCUUUUCACAAAUCUUGAUCUGUGGUUUUGUUGCCUUUCGGUGACAUUUUUCUUAACUCUCGUCUGAUUACUUUCUUCCAGCAAAGGUCCAAGCUGAGAUAGACAAAGUGAUUGGACAGUCCAGACAGCCGUCAAUGGAUGAUCGUGUAAACCUCCCCUAUACUGACGCUGUCCUCCAUGAGAUCCAGAGAAUGGGCAACAUAGUUCCUCUCAGCUUACCUCACAUGACCAACAGGGAUGUCCAGCUGGGAGGCUACACUGUCCCAAAGGUCACUUAUCACGGACAAACUUUGAAUAUUAUUAUAUUAUAUUAUAUUAUAUUAUAUUAUAUUAUAUUGUGUUGUAUCACAAUUAUCACAAUUAUCAUGUUAUAUCAUAUCGUAAUAAUUCCAUUAUAUUAUAUUCUAUUCAACAGGGAACUACAAUUAUUCCCAAUUUAACCUCUGUACUACAUGACAAGAAUGAGUGGGAGACACCUUACACCUUCAACCCAAGACACUUUCUGAAUGAGGAGGGCAAGUUUGCGAAGAAAGCUGCUUUCAUGCCUUUCUCUGCAGGUAGGGGUAUGAUUUAUUGAUUAUCAGAAUUAAUAAUCUAGUUUUUUGGAUUACCACAAACUUUUUACAGAUCGAUCAGGUGUCUCUCAUUUUCCUCUCGACAAACUCCCACAGAUUUAUUAGAAUAUAAAACUUUUUCAUGAUGUGAUUUUUAAGGUUUUUUUAAAUCUAUCACAGGUUGAAUGAAACAUGCCAGGAACUGUAUGAGUUUUUAUAGGUUUUUGUGCUUGAAUGACAAGACCAGAGAACUUAUUGAUAUAUAAUUAAAGUACAUUUGACUCUUGCAUGAAUGGAGCACAAACAAGGCAUCAAGGUACACAGAGGUGGUACCUGAUAGUGUUUUUUUCCCAUAUAAUUUCCAAAUAUGGUCAACAGACAAUUUUACAAUUAACACUGGCCCUUGGUUUCAUUGUAUUCGUCAUGUGUCUGCUGUCCUUGCACAGUCUAAACAUUGUAGUGACAUUGUCCUUCACAUUAUCUUUAUUUUACAAGCUGUAUGCACAACUUGGACAGCAUUUUUCUAUCGUUUUUUUUUUUUGGAAAGUUGUGUUUAUAUGUGAAAAAAUGAGUGGACUGUCUAUACCACAAUAAUUGAAUUUUUGAACAUGCAAUUUUAAAUGAUUUUAAGUUUUUCAUUUUAUUUUCAUGUUCUAGGUAAGCGGCUUUGCCUUGGGGAGAGCCUGGCAAGGAUGGAGCUUUUCCUCUUCUACACCUCCUUUAUGCAGCAUUUUACCUUUUCCAUGCCUGAGGGGGUGGAGCCUGUGACCGAUUCCUUUUUUGGCAUUACUCGAGCACCAUGGCAGUAUGAAAUCUGUGCAGUGUCACGCUGA